CCAUUGUCACUUCUUUCUUUUUCACAAUCCUUUUAUGUAAAAAAUAAAUACCCAUUUUUCAAUUCAUCUCAUUAUACUCAAAUAUUAAAAUAAACUACUCUACUUUAAUUAGCUCCUAGUAACAUAGUUGUAAUAAUUAACUUAGUGUCACCAAUGAGUUCCCCUUCUUCACCACCUAGCUCCUCCAAUGAGUUUCUUGAUGGGUUGAAAUUUGGUCAAAAAGUAUACUUUGAAGCAAAACCAAAUGGUGGGUCAUCUUCAUCUUCAGGGAUAACAACAAAGAAGGGAAAUCAACAACCACCUAGGUGUCAAGUUGAAGGCUGUAAAGUAGAUCUAAGUGGUGCUAAGGCUUAUUAUUCUAGACACAAAGUUUGUUGCAUGCAUUCAAAAUCUCCAAUUGUUGUUGUCUCUGGUUUGGAACAGAGGUUUUGCCAACAGUGUAGCAGGUUUCAUCAGCUUCCUGAAUUUGAUCAAGGAAAAAGAAGCUGCCGCAGGCGACUGGCUGACCAUAAUGAAAGGCGAAGAAAGCCACAUCCAACUUCCUUGUUAACCUCGCAUUUUACCAAACUCUCUCCAUCUACUUUUGAUAACAAUAACAAAGGCAAUGAUUUUAUGAUGGAAUGUGCUUCAUAUCCGAAGUUUUCUUCAAGUAAUGCAUUGGCAACUCAGACAUCAUAUGAGCCAGUUUGUCGUGAUCGAACCACACCGUUUACCUGGCAGAAUAACACGGAGCCACCAUCUGAUUUUUUCCAGCAAGGUUCGGUUGGUGGAACAAAUUUCCUCAGUCCUAGACAUCCUCCAAUGGAAAGCUACAAUGAAGUUGCCGACUCAAGCUGUGCUCUCUCUCUUCUGUCAAACCACACAUGGGAUUCUCGAAACACAACGCCGAGUGUUGAGAUGAACAACUUGUUGAGUUUCAAUGAGACGCUCAUGUCACAAUCUUCUCAAGGUGCAGCCAGUUAUCAACUUUCAAAUGCUUCUUGGUUUUUGAAGGGAAUUGAUUCCGGUAACUGUUCGGCCGAGGAUGUACCUGAUCUUGAGCUUGGUCAAAAUUCACAUACUCUUCAUAGUAAUCUUCCUGGUGAGCUUGAUGUGUCACAAGACAAGAGGCAUUACUGGUCACUUUAAAAAUUUGAUCAAUUACUUUGGUGGUUAUUUUAAGAAAUUUAGGUGGCAUUGAAUAAUUAAUAUCCUAAUUCCUUUGGAUGUGGAACUUGAAUUUCUUGGUUUUUUUUGUUUGAACUUUUGAGCAAGGAGGUUUUGGGAGGAAGACUUGUUAAUUUUGUGGAACUUUGAGGCAUUAUUGUUUUGGUCUAUUGAACAUGUAAACAAUGUUGGUUGCUUUCUUUUAAUUUGUGAAACUUUUAGACAUGGAUUAUUUAUUUUGAGAUUGGGUAUGAAUAUUAUUUUC